GAUCGCUGCUCCCCGGGGAGCGGGGCGGGGGGCGGCCGCCUGGAGCCCAUCUGCGGCGCCUCCGGCCUCCUGCGGGAGGGCGGCCCUGUGCUGAGCGGUCCCCAUUCCCCCGCGGGGGAGCGAGGCGCCUCAAAAAUUAUUCAGUAUGUCUUCACUAACAGAAAAGGACAGACCAAUUGUUCAGCUGUUACUGAACACUGGCACUUGCCCACGAUGUAUUUUGAGGUUCUGCUGCGUGGGAUCACAGGCGCUUUAUAGAUGUCCAUACAAGGAUUUAAUGAAGGAUUUAAAAGAAUUUCUGAAAAAUAAUCAAGAAAAAGAAGAUACUGUUUGUUUUGACGUAGUUGAUCCACCUUGUAAGAGAAUCAGACUUGAACACACAGAAGAAGGACCUGAUGAACUGAACCACAAUGGAGCACUCCAGCAGAUUCCUUCAGUUAAUAAUGAAAAUACUGCAAUGGAGAACUCAGCUGUGAAGGUUUGCAAUGUGUGUUUGGGAAUUCUUCAGGAGUUCUGCGAGGCUGACUUUGUUAAAAAGGUGUGCCAAAAGGUUAAUUCCGCUGACUACCAGUUCACUAGUUUUGUAUUUUCUGUGUCGCUGCCCCCACAGCUGUCUGUUAGGGAGCGUGCUGCUUGGCUGCUGGUAAAACAGGAAAUGGGAAAACUGGGCCUUCCCUUGGCAAAGGAUGACAUUGUUCAGCUGAAAGAAGCUUAUAAGUGGAUUAUUCAUCCCCAAUUGUCAGAAGAGUUGGGUGUUCCUGCUGACGGAAAGAGUUUGUUUGAAGUUAGCGUGGUCUUUGCUCACCCAGAAACAGAGGAGGAGUGUCGUUUCCUAGCCACAGCUUGUCCAGACUGUUUCAAACCCGCGAAGAACAAACAGUCUGUUUUCACUAGAAUGGCAGUUAUAAAAGCCCUAGAGAAGAUAAAAGAAGAGGAUUUUCUCAAGCAUUUUCCAUGUCCCCCGAGUUCACCAAAGAACCUCUGUGUUGCUCUGGAAAUUCAGUGCAAUAAUGGUGCAGUUUUUGUGGCUGGAAGAUACAAUAAAUAUUCAAGGAAUUUACCUCAGACUCCCUGGAUUAUUGAUGGGGAGCGGAAGCUGGAAUCUUCAGUGGAAGAACUGAUUUCAGAGCAUCUAAUGGCAGAAUUCAAAGCGGAUAGCUUUAAUUUUUCUUCCUCUGGAAGAGAAGAUGUGGAUGUAAGAACGCUGGGCAAUGGAAGGCCCUUUGCAAUUGAGCUUGUGAAUCCUCGUAGAAUACAUUUUACUGCUGAGGACAUGAAGGGACUUCAGCAGACAAUUAAUAACUCUUCAGACAAAAUACAGGUUCGAGAUUUACAGCUUGUCACCAGAGAGGCAAUUGGUCGUAUGAAGGAAGGUGAAGAGGAAAAGACGAAGACCUAUAGUGCCUUAAUAUGGACAGACAAGGCAAUACAGAGAGAAGAUAUUGCCUUUCUAGAUGAUAUCAAGGAGUUAAAACUCGACCAGAAGACGCCUCUCCGGGUUCUUCACAGAAGGCCUUUAGCUGUCAGAUGUCGGAUCAUUCACACCAUGAGAUCUGAGUACAUAGACGAGCACCAUUUUCGCCUGCACCUGAAGACUCAAGCAGGAACCUACAUUAAAGAAUUUGUGCAUGGCGACUUCGGAAGAACAAAGCCCAAUAUUGGCUCCCUGCUGAACAGAACCGCCGACAUUCUGGAGUUGGACGUAGAGUCUGUUGACGUUGACUGGCCUCCAGCCCUGGAUAAUUAACUUUCCAAGUCGGGACGAGGAAGAAGCAGCUCCUCCGUCAGCAGCUGGUUCCUGAAGACUGUCCAGUAUAUUACAGCCGGGUUGUAAAGUAUUUCUGUUGAACAUUUGGAUCAUGUUGAUCUGCCAAAGGAUACGGCUACUUUGAAUCUACUGUAAACGCGCUGGAACAAGUAGUGUUCGUUCAAGCUCUAGCCUUAUUUUAGUUUCGUCGUGCACAAAAGGAUUUUGGUAAGGUAUUGUGUUGAUAACAAGUCUUUUAAAAGUUAAGAUAAACAUAAAUGACGUACGAUGCAAAUGCUGUACUGAGCAAGUACCUCAAAUACGCGUUCUGCAGUAGUUCAAAAUGUUUUAAUUAAAAACCUCCCUCAAGCCAGACUUUUCCUUCUAACUCCUUUUAUAUUGGGUGCUGCAGCUUUCUUGUCUGGGUGCAGGUAGCGCUGAGUUACCUGAACGCCAGCCCCAGCGUUUUCUGAGCGCGGUCCCCCAGAGCCAGGGAGAGACUGAAACCGGCAGGACGGUGCCUGGGAGGAGGCAGCGCUCUGCUGACUGCAUUUUGGGCAGCGUCACUUUUAAAUCUGGGCAAAGCUGUCUCCCACAGUACUUUGAAAAGGGAAAAAAACAGUUUUCAGAGGAAAACUUUGCACUUAAACCCAAGUUUUUCUCGCUUAAAAAUAUCAGUGAUGCUUCCUAGAAACAGCAGUUGAGGUACUGGAGCGCUCUGGCCUGGUUACCGUCCUCUUCAGGCGCAGGAUUUCCCCCGUUGAGUCACCAUUUAUAAAAAGACUGGGAACUCCUGGCAGUGGUGCACGAUGGAAAUCUAAAGAAAAAUAGGAAUACCGCGAACCCCAAAGUACGGGCAAGUAUCAGGCAUACUGAAGAAUGUUGGUAUUGAGAGACCAAGUGGGAUAAAAAGAUAAAAAGCUCUGGUUUGUAACGUAAUACACUCUUUUUUUUUCUGGUAUCCAACUUUGGCUGGAUGCCUGGAAGAGCUGAACAGUGUCUAGGAAUUUGUCUGGCAUAGGGAAGACGUGAGGUGGUUUUUUUCUUUGCUUGUGUCAUUUAAAACAUUUCACACAAGGCAGGAGCUGGGCUGCAGGGUUCUUUUUACGCUUAUUAGCCAGGUCCCACCACCUGCAUCAUUAGGAAAAGCCACUUUAUGCCUGUAUCAUGUUAAUUCAUUAGGAAGAUGCUGCUGCGUACCUGAAGUACAGAAGAAAGUUAAGUUAUCGACAGGACGUUAAGGUUUGGAAUUUAAGGGCUCUUUGUUAAUUAACAUUUCAGAAAUAAAGAGGGUAAUAUUUGCCAAGACAAACCAGUGUUUGGGGACGGGAAGGAUUGCUGAGCCAUCUUACCUUCAAUUCAGUGGUGCCAGGACCUCGUGCUAGAACAGCUGCACGAGAACGUUGGCUGAAGGCUCAAAAAGGCACGAAUAAAUACACUUUUCAAGGAGCUCCUAAAAUCCGAUCUUGAAAAACUAGCCUAAAUAUUAUGCACUCUGCCUGUGACGGGCUGUCAAAAACUUGUCUCUCGUCACUUGUUUUCCUUGUCCGCUGUAACGUAAGUGUGGCAGGACUUCAGAAGCUCCUGUUUGUCUAACACGAAAAUAAUAGGCACAUGAUUCAGACAGCAGUAUUUUUUUUUGUUUUUAAUCUUAAAGCUGUUAUGAGCAACAGAUUCCAGGAGUAGUUGUCUCAGAUAUAAUCUGUACCCAGAAAGGAAGUGUCAUGAAUGAUGGAAACCUUAAGAAACUGAAUUCAGAAAACAAACAAGAGAGAAUUUCAGUCUCGUAUCGAUGUGGCUUCUUGAAACUCAAAGUGAAGUAAAAUAUGAUUUAUAAAUUCCAUAAACUACAGGGCCGGGGCGGGGGGGGCAGGGGGGGGUAAGCAGGACUGCACUACGGCCACGCCAGGCACGAGACGAGCUGUCCCGGGGGAUCAGAGGGAUGGCGGCGGCCGCAGCAGCAGCAGGAAGGGCUCCAGCCCCAGUGCCCGGACGCUCUUUCCGCGCUGGGCUGUGUGGCAUCGUGGUGACAGCGGCCAGCGCGUCAAGGAUCAAAGCGCGGCUAAAGGAGGCUGGAAAGAUGACACGAAAUGUGCCGAGUCUCAUCUCUUCUCCGCGCAGGGCAGAGAGCGCCACCAAAGAUUCCCAAAUUGCUUAUUUUUUAUGAUAAAGGUGAAGUAUCCAAAUGAGGGGGGGGAAAAGCUGAUGACGCGAAUAUCUUUACAGCUUUAGAUACUUACUGCCCAGGGGUCACGUGAAAAUACUAAAACGAGAGCUGUAAUGCUUUUUUGAACUUUAAAGCCUGCAGUUUGUAAUACAAGGUAAACACUUGGAACUAUCAUAAUCUGUAAUGAAUAUCGCAGCAAUAACAUUAACGGUGUACUUUGGCCUUAAGAGACCUACUUGUGAGUACUGAAAAAUAGGCGGGUUUGUGAGAAUAAGAUUUAAUCUGGUUCAUGAGACGUGUGAAAGAGGUAGAUAUGUUCUAGCACGUGACGUCAAAAAGACUAUAAAAAUGUGGUCCAGCAUUCCUUACCUCCAUCCUCCUUUGUGCUGCAAGGCCUCAAAAUAAAGCCAAUGUUUUUCUCUGAGCAACUGGUCACCUGUACUCUCCCCCCAUGUUGUUUGGGGUUUUUUUUGCAUCAGCUUGGCUGAACCUGGAGAAAACCGUACCAGAAAAUCGACUUUUUCUGCCACAAAAAAUUGCUGAGCGCAGAUGAAGCCCGGCUGCACGCAUCGCGUCAGGCUGGGUAGUGACCGCUGCUGAGCGUGAGCAGAAAAUACGGUAAAGAGCCCCAGGAUCGGCAGCCCGUAACCUACCUUCUCCCCGCGCUCUGGCUUUCCUGCCGUGAGGGACGGCGUGAGUCCGAGAAGGCUGCAGAAGCCGAGUGUAUUUAGUAUAACCAGUUCUUUUUAAUUACCAAACCAACUCGUUUACAAAGGAAAACAGAACUUUGAAAAUAUUUAAUUAUACAGUAAAAACAAAUCGUGCUAUAAAGAGCUUUCUAUGAAGUGAGUAAAAUGUUUACAUUUAAUAUACUUAAAACUGAGAACUUCAAAAAAAAAAAAAAGACCUGAAUAAACAACACAUUUCAAGCUUUCUUUGUAUGUCUUUGGCCUUUGUAUUACUUAAGUCUGCGGAGAAGCUCUGCAGAAGUGAGGAAAAACUGCUUUAAAAGGUGGCGAGUCAAUUCAUGGCGUACCUGCAGUCGGGGG